AUGGCCGUCUCUCGCUGCUCCAUCCUUGUGCUCCCGCUCCUCUUCCUCUCCACCUUCCCGCCGCCCGCCUCCGCCUGCGACCGCUGCGUGCACCGCACCAGAGCCGCCAACUACGCCCCCUCUCUCACCCUCGCCGCCGGUUCCUGCGGGUACGGCGCGGCGGCCGCGUCCCUCAACGGCGACCUGCUCGCCGGGGCGGGCCCGGUCCUGUACAGACAAGGCGUCGGCUGCGGCGCGUGCUUCCAGGUGCGGUGCAAGGACGAGGAGCUCUGCAGCACCGCCGGCGUGAAGGUCGUCGUCACCGACCGCGCCAGCACGAAGACGAACGACACCGACCUCGUGCUGAGCAGCCCGGCGUUCGCCGCCAUGGCCCGCCCCGGCAUGGCUGGGCGGCUCGCCAAGCUCGGCGCCGUCGACGUCGAGUACAAGAGGGUGCCGUGCGAGUACAAGGGCAAGAACCUCUCGCUGCGGGUGGAGCAGAGGAGCCGCGCGCCGAACGAGCUGGCCGUCACGAUCCUCUACCAGGGCGGCCAGACCGACAUCGUCGCCGUCGACGUCGCGCAGGUCGGAUCGUCGUCGAGCUGGAGGUCCCUGACGCGUGACCACGGGCCGACGUGGAGCACGAGCCUGGCGCCGCCGGGGCCGCUGCAGCUCAGGGCGGUGGUGACCGGCGGGUACGACGGGAAGUGGGUGUGGGCCGACCGGGAGGUCCUGCCGCGCCAGUGGCGCGCCGGCGAGGUCUACGACACCGGCGUGCAGAUCACCGACAUCGCCCAAGAAGCCUGCUUCCCCUGCGACACGCAGGAGUGGAGGUGA